UCCACGCUGCUAUUACGUUCCGUUCGCGAGCAGAAGCUGGCUGCGGUGUCGUUUUCUCCGAUCAGUCGGACCUUGAUCAAUCUUUUCAACUGUCCUUGUUCUCGGGUUUUACGCAUUUGAUUGCAAUUGGAAUAGCUUGGAUUCGUGUGUGACCGUCGAUUCCACCAUUUUUUCGACCGAAUUGGCUCUGAAGCAAUGGAUUGACUUCAGUUUUCCUUCAACCCCUCCACCAAGUUGAGAAAACAGUCUAACCGGCGGUCUCACAAGCCAGCUACAUGUUUCAUCCGGACAGUUUCAAAAGUAGCUGGUACCGGAUGUUUUUAAACAUUUCGUAGGUGAAACAUUGAAGUUCUACGUUUGUCUCGGAAGUGUAUGGAAAUAGGUGGCAGAGGAUUUUAAACACGGAUUUCUCCGGGGUUCUUGAAGCCUGCAAACAUUUAUUUUUGAAAAGUGAUGGCGGAGCGGGGAGCAAGGUUGCUCCUCUCUCUCCUCUGUCUCACCUUUCUUUACCCGGCGACCACCGUGUCAAGACAUGCUGAAAAAGGCACGGCGGCGAGGCCCUUCAGCCCCUUCUGGUUCUCGGUGGAGCCGUGGGACACACUGGCUGUGAGAGGUGCCCCAGCACUGCUCAACUGCUCAGCGCACAGCGGGGACCCUGCCUCGGAGCCCACUGCGCCCCAGGCCCGUGUGGAGUGGAAGAAGGAUGGAACCUUCCUGAGCCUGGCGCCAGACGACGGACGGCGGCGUAUUCUGCCUGACGGCUCGCUGCUCAUCUCUAGCGUGGUGCACUCCAAGCACAACAAGCCCGACGAGGGCACGUACCAGUGUGUGGCCACCAUCGACAGCCUGGGAACCAUCGCCAGCCGCACCGCCCGCCUCACCGUGGCAGGUAUGCCCCGGUUCUCCAGCCAGCCGGCAGCAGCCAGCAUACGCCUGGGAGACAGCCAGGUUCUGGCCUGCGAUGUCAACCCAGACCUGGUGUCUUUAGCCCGGUGGGAGCGUGAGCGUGAGCCCCUGGAGCUGAGCUCUCGGCUGGUGCAGCUACCCAACGGAGCCCUGGUGGUGAGCAACGCUUCGGAGGCCGACGCUGGGCUCUACCGCUGCACGGUGGAGAACGCUGGGCCCGCCAAGACCAGUGAAGAGGCCCAGCUCACAAUCCUGCCAGAAACCGGAGAGGAGAGAGAACUGGAGUUCCUGGUAGAGCCACUUCCUGUGACCAAAGUGGUGGGGGCCAGUUUGCUGCUGCCGUGUGUGGUGACGGGCUAUCCAGCGCCCUACGUCCGAUGGAUGGUGGGAGACAAGCUUGUUGAGGAGAGUGAGGGGAAGUUGGAGUUGGUGGGAGGAGGCAGUCUGUUGAUCUACAACCUGACUGAGGAGGAUGCAGGCGUCUACAGCUGUAUGGCAGACAUCACUAACAACACUAUCGAGGCCAAGGCAGAGCUCACUGUACAAGUUCCUCCGGAGUUCCUGAAGAGGCCGGCCAACAUCUACGCCCACGAGUCCAUGGACAUCAUGUUUCAGUGUGAGGUCACAGGCUCCCCCGCCCCCACAGUCAAAUGGGUCAAAAACGGAGACGCUGUCAUUCCCAGCGACUACUUCAAAAUCAUCAAUGAACACAACCUGCAGGUGCUGGGUCUGGUCAAGUCUGACGAGGGCUUCUACCAGUGUCUGGCAGAGAACGAUGCAGGGAACAUGCAGUCCAGCGCUCAGCUCAUCAUCCUAGAGCACGAUGUAGCCCUCCCCACCCCUCCUCCCCCCUCACUGACUCCUGACACUACUGACCAUGUAACGCCAGGCUCCAGAGGUGUGGCUAACCCCACUGGCCCCACCCCCUCCGCCCCCCGUGACGUCGUGGCCUCGCUGGUCUCCACCCGCUUCAUCAAGCUCACCUGGCGCCCUCCUGCUGAGCCCAACGGAGAAGACCUCACCUACUCUGUCUACUUCAAUCAGGAGGGUACCAACAGGGAGCGUAUCCUGAACACCAGUCGGCCAGGUGAGAUGCAGGUCACCAUUCAGAACCUGAUGCCCGACUCCAAGUACAAGUUCCGGGUGGUGGCACACAACAAGAACGGCCUGGGAGAGAGCUCUGCCGUCCUCAAGGUGGCCACCCAGGGUGAAGUGCAAGUUCCUGGCCCCGCCCCCAACCUGCAGGCUGUGUCGACCACACCCACCUCCGUCACCCUCAGCUGGGACACGCCCCUCACUGGCAACGGGGACGUCCUCACCUACAAGGUCUACUAUAUGGAGAAGGGUCUGGACCUGGAACAGGACAUAGACGCUGGAGCUCUGUCCUACACCUUGAUGGGUCUGAAGAAGUUCACAGAGUACAGCAUUAGAGUGGUGGCCUUCAACAAGCACGGUCCGGGAGUGUCCACAGGAGACAUCGCCGUCACCACCCUGUCUGAUGUCCCCAGUGCUCCUCCUCAAAACCUCACUGUGGAAGUUCACAACUCAAAGAGCAUCAUGGUCCGGUGGCAGCCCCCACCACCAGGCGCCCAGAACGGCGAGAUUACUGGGUAUAAGAUCCGUUACCGGAAAGGGACGCGGAAGAGCGAGGCGGCAGAAACCACGGGAGGCACCCAGCUAUUCCAACUCAUCGACGGUCUGGAGCGGGGGACAGAGUACACGUUCAGAGUAUCAGCCAUCACAGUGAACGGCUCCGGGCCCGCCACAGAGUGGAGCACCGCAGAGACCUUCGAGAGCGACCUGGACGAGUCCAGGGUGCCAGACAUCCCCAGCUCGCUACAUGUGCGCCCGCUGGUCAACAGCAUCGUGGUGAGCUGGACGCCGCCGGAGAACCAGGACAUGGUGGUACGAGGCUACACCAUCGGCUAUGGCAUCGGUAGCCCCCACGCCCAGACCAUCAAGGUGGACUACAAGCAGCGCUACUACAGCAUUGAGAACCUAGACCCCAGCUCCCACUAUGUGAUAACCCUGAAGGCCUUCAACAACGUGGGGGAGGGGAUCCCUGUAUACGAGAGCGCCAUCACCAGGCCACAGUCAGACCCCAUAGACCCUGAUGUUGAUUUGUAUGAACUCUUCCAUGCGCCAUACACACCAGUACCAGACCCCACCCCCAUGCUACCUCCCGUGGGCGUACAGGCCUCGGUGCUCAGCCACGACACCAUCAAGGUGACCUGGGCCGACAACUCUCUGCCCAAGAACCAGAAGAUCACGGACGCACGCUACUACACGGUGCGCUGGAAGACCAACAUCCCCGCCAACACCAAGCUCAAGACGGCCAACACCACCAACCUGAGCCACAUGGUGACGGGCCUGAAGCCCAACACGCUCUAUGAGUUCUCUGUCAUGGUGACCAAGGGCCGGAGGACCAGCACCUGGAGCAUGACGGCCCAGGGAACCACCUUUGAGACCAUUCCCAGCUCGUCCCCGAAAGAUGUGACUGUGGUGAGCAAGGAGCUGAAACCACGUACCAUCAUAGUCAACUGGCAGCCCCCCUCAGAGGCCAAUGGAAAAAUCACAGGCUACAUAAUCUACUACAGUACUGAUGUGAAUGCGGAGGUGCAUGACUGGGUGAUAGAGCCGGUGGUGGGCAACAGGUUGACCCACCAGAUCCAGGAGCUGACUCUGGACACCACCUACUACUUCAAGAUCCAGGCCCGUAACUCCAAGGGCAUGGGCCCAAUGUCCGAGGCCGUACACUUCCGCACCCCCAAGACUGAAUCCUCUGACAAAAUGGCUAAUGACCAAGCCAAUUUGCCAGUUAAACCAGGAAGUAACCAACCACCUCUUGACCAUGGCUUUGGGUCUUCACACGGAAAACCAGGAAUUACAGGAAGUGGGGACAACCACAUCCUGGUCAUCGUCGUCAUCAUCUCUGUGGGAGCGUUCACCAUCAUCGUGGUGGUUGUGGGGGCCUUCCUCUGCACACGACGCACCACCUCCCACCAGAAAAAGAAGCGGGCGGCCUCCAAGUCGUCCAACAGCUCCCACAAGUACAAGGGCAACUCCAAGGACCUGAAGCCUCCAGACCUAUGGAUCCACCACGAGCGGCUGGAGCUCAAGCCCAUUGACAAGUCCCCCGAGCCCAACCCGGUGAUGACUGACACCCCCAUCCCCCGCACCUCUCAGGACAUCAACCCCGUGGACCCCAGCCUGGACAACAGCCUGCUGCAGAGACGGAACUCCUACCGAGGCCACGAAUCAGAAGACAGCAUAUCUGCGCUGGCAGGGCGCCGGGGGAUGCGGCCUAAAAUGAUGAUGCCCUUCGAUACGCAGCCCCCCCAGCCUGUGAUUAGCGCUCACCCCAUCCAUUCCCUUGAUAACCAUCACCACCAUUAUCACACGGGCAGCCUGGCAUCCCCGACACGCAGCUACCUCCAUCACCAUCAGGGCAGUGCCCACCUGCGCCCGCACGCCUGCGCCACCCCCAUCUCCUAUCUAGACAUGGUGGGCUCCACAGAGUCGGUGAGGAACACCCCCAGCACAGAGCCCCUCCCACCCCAGGCCCAGCCCCCCUGCCAAGCCGAGCACCAGCACCCGGAACCCGAGGGCAGCUACCAAGACUCCACGGCCACCGACGAUGAGCCCAGCGCCAGCGGCAGCUACUGCAGCGCCGGCCAGCCCCCCACCGCCCACGUGCGCCCCACUCACCCCCUCAAGAGCUUUGCCGUGCCCGCCAACCCCGCCGCCAUCUUCGAGUCGCCUGCCCUGCCCAGCAUGCCACUGCUUACUCAGACCGGGCCCCAGCUCCACUCAGUAAAGACAGCCUCCAUCGGCACCCUGGGCAGAGUACGCCCCAUGUCAGUCACGGUGCCCAGUGCGCCAGACGUGCCCGAGACCAGCAAGAUGCUGGAGGAUGUAGACAGUAGCUACGAGCCUGAUGAGUUGACAGAGGAGAUGGCCCACCUAGAGGACCUGAUGAAGGACCUGAACGCUAUAACCACAGCCUGAGAACCACACGCCCACUCAUUACGCUGCUCACACACAUACAAGCAGACACACACACACAAAUCCAGGUAGUGACACACACACACAGGCAGGAACACACACACUGCCAGCCCUCAGCAAACUGGGAGCCCGAUGCCCCGGUACAAAAUGGAUACCGUAAAUGGAUCUUACACACCCCACUCAAGACAAACAAAAAAUCUCAACUGAAACUUUUCAACUUUUGGCUUACCUUGCUCAGUCUCAGGAAGGAGAUGGCCAUUUUAAAAAGCGACAGUUCACCUUUUUAUGAAGAAACAUUCUCAGAGACGAUAUCUAACAUUGGUCGCUUUCAACCAGAAGAUUGUGAAUUUUCUCAGCACAAAAACUGAAAUGCAUCAGAAGGUUGCUCUCAUACUUUGAUUGCCGGGGAGACCGCUCCUAUGGUUGCCGGGGAGACCGCUCCUAUGGUUGCCGGGGAGACCGCUCCGACAGACAUCAUAUUAUGAUUCCAAGUCAAGAGGAAGAGUCAAAUAUGCCGGUAUUUCAUGUUGGUGCUCACGAAACACAAUCUAAACACAGUGUUUGUUUAAUUAGUGUCACUUAUUUGUGCGUUUUUUGUAUAUCUAUUGCCCUGUUUCAGUGAAGUGAACGUUGGACAACAGUCCCCUCCAUUUCCAUAAAAGCGGUAAUUUUAUAGCUGUCAUUUUGACCCAACGAUGUCUGUUUUCCCUACUGUGUUAUAUAUUGUGCCAAGUCUCUUAUUAUUCUCUAAUAUGCCAUGUAUGUUUUUUACAUAUCCGUAUAGAUAUGUACAUAUGUUUUUUUUAAACGGCCUCAUUCUAUUCCCCCCCCAGCCUUGCCAAUCAUUUCAUUUUAUUUGGGAGGAGAGUGACAAAAUAGACCCUCAAACGCCCACUUUUCAUAUUUUGUGGGGAGAUGCCUUGCGUGUUAGUACAUUACAUUUGAAUGGUUUAUUGUGUUGCCUCUUUAUACAUUGAAAUGUUCAGUCUUUUUUUGUUUGUGGGAGCUCUGUUUCAAAAAGCCUUAUGAAACGUGUCCGUACGUUUACAUUGGAGAUGACUGUGCCCUCUGUGGACGUUUUCCAGUUCCACUGUGAUCCCUCUGACACGCAGCAUCACCACUCUCAGGCCAGCCUGGCCUUGGAGUGCCAAGUAGUAGGGCUUGUUAGCUGGUGACCUUUCAGAACCAUCUGUGGGACAUGAACCCUCCAGAGGCUGCUGGACUCGGAGUGUCUCACCCCGCAAUCACACAUCCUACCCAGUCAGUCGUUUCAAUGGAAUGGCAAUAUAUCAUAUGAAAGUGCUAUGAAAUGGAUGUCUUGUUUCCAAGAGCCAAUAUUUGGUUGAAGAGGUCUGUUUUUUGCUCUUUAUCUCUCUCUGUCAUGUGAAAACCAGGUUUUUCAAUCAAGGAUAAGUGUUUACUGUUAUCUGAGGUCUCUUAAAGAAACACUGCUUCAUCGCUCUUUUUAAAUGCUACUUGCAACGAUGUUGGCCUAUUGAAUGGGACUCCCAGAUUCAGAUUUUUUUUUACAUGUAGUUUGUUUUGUAUGAAGAAAAAAUAAACUUGUUCUGUACACAAUUCCAAUGUAAAAAAAUUAAAUAUGAAAAUGUAAGAAGCUAGUUUUUCAUCUGCCCUCUUACCCAAAGAAAUGUAAUUGCAAUCCUAGUUACAUGCUCUACUUUUGUGAAUACCAUGUUUCUCAUAAUGUACAUCAUCAUGAAUGUCAAUAUAACUGUAAGAGAUUUUACUUAUGGAUACAAAAGGAACAUGUAUAAAAAAAGAAAUUUAAAAAAAGAAAGUGGACCGUAGGAAAAAGACAGGACGCUAACCCGUUGGGAAUAACCUAUUAAGUUGUAGACAGUCAAGCCUGUAUUGCACUUUUUCACAAUUUUUGAAAAAAAAAAAAAUCUUCCAUAUCUUGUGUUUUAAAUAUAAAAGCGAUGUUUCUGUAAAGUAGUGUCCUAGGUUAGCAGCAGGCAGCUGGUCUUGUUUUAAUGGUCAUUUGUUUUUGAGAUAUGAAAUUGAGCGGCAGGUUUUACUGUGCUGCUGAGGUAUUCUGUUGCUUGUUUCUGUACAGAGAUCUCUUUGCUUUCUGUAGGGUAUUCUGUGGCUUAAAAAAAAAUCAAAAUGUUUGAGAAAAAAAGUUAUUUUUUAUUUUUAUUGGUGCUCUUAUACAUUGUGUAUCCAACUAUUAUGAAUACUAACAAAGUUGAAGCUU